AGAGGGACAAAACCAACGGCAACGAGCGAGUGACUGUGAAACAAAAGAAUGGCAUUCCUUUCUCCUUCUCCAUCUCAAUCUUUUCUUCAUCGCCCAAAGAGAGUUUCUCUCUGUAAUUCUAUGCAACUCCACUCGCCUUCACAAAUAAGAUGCUCAGGUAAAGGGUUUCCUUUCAAUCUAUGAUUUAAUCAUUAUUACUCCGUACUAUCACUUUUUCAUCAAAAGUAAAUAGGGAGUAUGUUUCUUUGGUGACCAAUGGAAAUAGCUUUGGGGGAUAAUUCACAGCCCAAGGAAAAGAUGUCUGAGGAACUGAGAAAUGUGUCUUGUGGCAUUCUUGCUGCUUGGGUAGUUGGUGCUGUUUCCCCUGUUAUAGCUGCUAGCGGGAGGUUGCCACCUUUGUCAACGGACCCAAACAGGUGUGAGAGGGCAUUUGUUGGUAACACGAUAGGUCAAGCAAAUGGUGUUUAUGACAAACCACUUGAUCUACGUUUUUGCGACUACUCAAAUGACAAAACCAACCUUAAGGGGAAGUCUCUUUCGGCAGCACUGAUGUCAGAUGCCAAGUUUGAUGGUGCAGACAUGUCCGAAGUUGUAAUGUCAAAGGCUUAUGCAGUUGGAGCUAGUUUUAAGGGCACUGACUUUACAAAUGCUGUUCUUGAUCGUGUCAACUUUGAGAAGGCCGACCUCCAAGGAGCUUCCUUUAAGAAUACGGUUCUGUCUGGAUCUACUUUUAACAAUGCUCAUCUCGAAGGUGUUGACUUUGAGGAUACCAUUAUUGGCUACAUUGAUCUUCAGAAGCUAUGCACAAAUAAGACCAUCAACAAAGAAGGAAGAGCUAACUUGGGAUGUCGAUAGCCCCUUUUUAUUGUCAAUAUUACCAAAAAUAUUUGUUGUAAAAAUCUUUUGAUUUGUUUUUGUGGACACAAAAAGAAGACUUUAUAGUAGGGAAAUUAUCGCAAAUAGACUUAUAAGUGAAAAUAAUAUCACUUUUAUCACCAUGUAAAGUUUUUUUCAAAAUUAGACAAGUUAAACUUUUUGCUUUCACAAAUAGAUCGUACUUCCGUGCGUACUCCUUUGGAAGCAUGUAAGUUCUGUAUCUUUG